AUGGUCAAGGUGCCGGUAGCCCCGCGGUUCCUGGCCCAGUUUUGCUCGCGCCCCGCGCGGAAUGGGUUGGGGGGCGUCCGUAGGGGCUUCGCUGCUGCGCCUGCCGCCGCCCCCUCCUCCACCGCAGCAGCAUCCCCGCAUCGGCGGCUGGACCUGCGGGGCAUCUACCCGCCCCUGGCCACCCCCUUCACGGCGCAAGGCGAAGUAGAUUACAAGCGGUUGGAAGAGAACCUGCACCUCUACGCCGGGAUUCCCUUCCGAGGUGUUGUGGUGCAGGGCUCCAAUGGGGAAGCUCCUUACUUGACGCAGCAGGAACGCCUGGAAGUGGUGAAACAGGUGCAUCAAGCUAUGCCCAAGGAAAAGCUCCUACUUGCCGGGACUGGAUGUGAAUCAACCCAGGGCACCAUUGAACUGACAGCACAAAUGGCUGACAAAGGUGCUGAUGCCGCCCUUGUGGUCACUCCUUGCUAUUUCCGGGGAAGCAUGACCAGUGCGGCCUUGAUCCAUCAUUACACACAGGUGGCUGAUGCAUCUCCAAUCCCUGUGAUCCUCUACAGUGUCCCAGCCAACACGGGUCUGGAGCUGCCCAGUGAAGCAGUGCUUGGCCUAGCACAGCAUCCCAACAUUGUGGGGAUCAAGGACAGUGGUGGCAAUAUCACCCGCCUGGGAUUGCUUGUCCACAAGACCCAGCACGAGGACUUCCAGGUACUGGCAGGAUCAGCUGGUUUUCUGCUGGCCAGCUACAUUGUAGGUGCUACUGGAGGGGUCUGUGCUCUUGCCAACGUGCUUGGAACUCCUGUCUGUCAGCUGGAGCAGCUGUGCCAUGCUGGGAGCUGGAAUGAGGCCCGUGAACUGCAGCAUCGACUCAUUGAGCCAAACAUUGCAGUGACUGCCAAGUUUGGGGUCCCAGGCCUUAAGCAGGCCAUGGAGUGGUUUGGUUUCAAGGGAGGCUUCUGUCGUGCCCCUUUGCUCCCUUUAAGUGAGUCGCAAGUGAUGGAACUGCGCCAGGAUUUCAGCUCCAAUGGCUGGCUCUGAAGGACAAAGUGGUUCCAAGCAAUGUCUGGGGCCUUGAAAUGAGCAGUAGGCAUCAGCUUUCGCAUAUGCUUUGCCACUUACUGAAAUACAGCUCACUCAACCCACAGUGUAUUCAUUGGCAUGACUCAUUGACAUCUGAGCCCUGCAGUUGCAGCAAAACAGGGGAAUGAGGACCCCAGAAUGGUACUUUGAAUGAGCAAAUGCUACUUCUCAUGGCAGGCUAGAAGCCCAGCCUUCCUUUCCUCACAUAGGCUUUGCCCCUUCCAGCUUGGAAUUUCUAUUUCCUUAGGUAGCUCACCUAUUUAUUACACAUAUAUUAUGGUGUUAGCUGCCAUGUUUUCCUUUUUCUUGACCAGUUCAGGAAACUUAGUUUGACUGGAAGAACCAUUCCCUGGUACCAAACGUCAAAGAGUGAUGUAAUCUUUGUUCUAAGGGGCUGAGAUCCAAUUGCUCCUAGCAUUGUGACUUACCAGGCCAAAAUACCACUUGCACCAACACCUCCUAAGUAGAAAACCUUUCGAUUCCCCACCAGUACCAUCCCUUAAGGUGAAGUCCAAGAAGGCAGGUGCUUACUGCAAGGGCUGCCGCCAUGAGCCUGUAGUUGCUGAACUGCAAAUUUGUGAGGCAUAGAAGAAUGCAAGAUGAGAUGGGCCAUGUUGACUUGAUCUGCAGCCAGACCCACUGCC